UCAUCGCCAAUACCAACAUCAGAAAAUUCAAAACGAAAAGUCAUUUCGUUCAUGUGAUGUGGUCAACGAUUAAUUAAAUAUCAAAAUAAUUAAGAAAUUGACACGAAAUGGCUGAUCCUCAAGCCGAAAAUAAUCCAUCAGCCAACGGCCAAGUUGCGAAACCAAACGAAACCCAACCGACCCAAAAUGCUCAACAGCAACCGCAACAUCAACCAACUCGAAUGGAGUCAUUUUUCGCAAUCACAAAAUCGUUAAUAAUUCGUGCUUUGAUAAUCUACUUCAUCACGUCUUUCUUCCGUAAACCAGCACCACCUCAAACCAACAACACUGGGGUUGCAACACCGUCAUUCGCUGCAAAGAAUAUGUUCACCGAGGGUACCCCUCUCAGUUUACAUGUUUACAUAACUGAAAAUGAAGAGUUGAGCGAUUUUAACCCGUCUAAUCUAUUCUGGUACAAAGACAACCUUGUGUAUGGUGACUGGACGUCAGGCCCCAACAAGGACGGAACCUACUUUAUUGAAAAAAACAUCACGAUUACGGACCACAUCCGAAAUAACGGCUCUUUGUAUUUGCACGCAUUUGUGACGCGACAAGGCGAAAGCCCUAAUCCUAAAGCCAGUAAUCACGGCAAACAACUUACACACGUUACAAAACAGUUAAAUAAAUACAAAAAGUUAAAAGCCAGCGGUACUAAAAAUCUCUUGACGGGAACAAGUGAAAAGGCGGAAGUCGAAGAUGGGAAAAUUGUGUCUCAUUGGCAUCCCAACUACACCUUAAAUCUUGUUACGGACCAGACGGCGUGGACUUACGGGGCCGUCCCUGCGCCCCUUGACCAGUUCAUUAAAUUCACCCCUGAUGGUAAAUUCUACAAGCCCGUCUUGUACGCUAAUGAUUUUUGGAAUAUGGCGCGUGAUUACAAGCCGUUGAAUGAAACACUGUCGUUGCGCAUUUUGUAUCAGCCUUUGAGUCUUUUCAAAUGGCAGUUGUACGCCGCUCAGAGUAUGAGGCAAAUGUGGAAUGUCUGGGGCGAGAAGGAGGGGGAGUCGGAUGAGGAGCAAGACACUCUGAAGGAGACUCUCAUGGAUACGAAUCCUUAUCUCUUGGGGAUCACUAUCUGUGUGUCCAUUCUUCACUCCAUCUUCGAAUUGCUCGCAUUUAAAAAUGAUAUCCAGUUUUGGAACAAUCGGAAUUCCUUAGAGGGUCUUUCUGUCCGGUCUGUAUUUUUCGGAGUGUUUCAAUCUCUAGUCGUUCUGCUUUACGUCCUUGAUAACGAGACGAAUACUUUAGUCCGAAUUAGUUGUUUCAUUGGUCUCGGAAUCGAGGUUUGGAAAAUAUAUAAAGUCGUAGACAUUAAGUUUGAAAAUGGCCGUCUCAUUUUCAAAGAUAAAGGCUCAUACGUCGAAAGUAGUACCAAAGUGUACGAUAAUUUGGCAUUUAAGUAUUUAUCGUGGGUGUGUUUCCCGCUAUUAGUCGGCUACAGUAUUUACGCGUUGUUGUAUCUGGAGCACAAAGGCUGGUAUUCGUUUGUUUUGGAUUUGUUGUAUGGUUAUUUGUUAACUUUCGGGUUUAUAAUGAUGACACCUCAACUUUUUAUCAAUUAUAAACUUAAAUCCGUCGCACAUUUACCGUGGCGUAUGUUGACUUAUAAAUUUUUAAACACUUUCAUAGACGAUAUGUUCGCCUUUGUUAUUAAAAUGCCAACAAUGUACAGAAUAGGAUGUUUUAGAGAUGAUAUUGUUUUUCUUAUAUUUUUGUACCAGCGAUGGAUUUAUCCCGUUGAUAAAAGGAGGAAGAAUGAAUUCGGGUACAGUGCCGAGGCAGAAGAAAAAGUACAGGAAGAAAACACUGUUGCAAACAUACAAGAAACUAAGAAAGAUAAAUGAAAAAGCGUUUUGUACAAACCAAUCUUUAGUUAUUUAUUUUUCAAUUGUUUUUUAUUGUUUUAAAGUGCUGUCUUUCAGUAGCUGUUAGUUGUGCAGGUGUAAAAAUAUUUUCUCUUGGACUGUAGACACGUGUGAGUAUGCGUUAAAUCUAUAGACUGAGAAAAGUAUUCUUGUCAUAAGCCUGUAAGUUAUACAUACAUGUUGUGAAUAUAUUUGAAAAAACAUCUGAUGAAUAGAAACCAGAAGAUAAA